AUGGCGGUAAAAUUCUUUUGUCUUCCACUGCGGCGGUAAAUUAUUAUGUUCCAGUCAUGAUUAGAAAUAUUUAGUUAUUUCUAAUUUCUAUCAUAGUUCCAGUGUUCCACUAUAAUUAGAUGUACUAUGUAGUGUACUAGUGUAUUACUGUCAUAGUGAUUACUGAUUAGUGACAUAUACAUACACGCUUGUAUAUUUGACACAUGCUUUAUUAGUUUGAAUAUUAUUGGAAACCGAUUUUUAGGAAGUUUUUCAUUUGUACCUUUGAUUAAUUUUCAAAUUAUAUUAAUUUAUCAACAUGGAAACCGUUUAUCCAAAUAACGACGAAAUACAAUUCCGCAAACAACAUUUUGGAGUUGUUGAAGACAUUUUGAACAAAAAAGUUAAAUGUACAAUUUGUUACAAUGAUCUUUUAAAUGAAAUUAUUUUGAAGAAAAUAAUAAUGGUUCAUCAAAGUCAUCUAUUCCUAUGUUGUCGCAACUGCUUUUACAAAUUAUGUGAAGGCAGUAAAUAUAGUUGUAUAUUAUGUACAUCAAAUAAAAAUCUAUCUAUUUGUGUAAAAUGCAAUCUCAAUGUUUGUAAACUGUGUGUUGAAAAUUAUAAUAUUGAAACACUGUCUAAUGGUGUUUUAAGUAAAUGCUUUAUUUGUGUACCACAAAUGUUAUGGAAACAAAGAGCUCUAGCUGCUAAUAUAUUAAAAGUAUUUUAUUCUCAGUUAUGUAUACCUAAUGGUUUAUUAGUAAAUGAAACAGGACACGAACAAACUGUUUAUAAAUAUUUAAUAAAAGAAGCUAAAAUUGGACAAAAUUCCAUGAUAAAUAGUAUUAAAACCAACUUAUGCAUUAAUUUCAUUUUAAAAUCAUACAAGUCGUUUAUUAUGAAUGAACUUAUAGAAUUUUCUUUUGAUGAUACUAUUCCUUUUAAUGAAUGUAUAAGUGAAUUUUUUAAUAUUUUUGAGAAUAUUUUUGAAAAAACCUGUUCUACUUUCACCAAUUUUAAGAGCAUAUUUAAUAUAAAUUCACGUUUAAGUCAUAAUGUAUCUGAUAUGAUGAAAUCGUUAUGCUUGGAUGACGAUGAACUUAUAUUAAUAAGUGAUGCAAGAAUAAAUGAAAAUUUGGAUAAAGUAAUAAAAAAUAACUCAAACAAUCUAUCAUUAAAUAAGUCAAAUAUUUGUUCUACAAGAAUUUUAAGAUCACAAAAUAAAUACAAAAAGGAUGAUGAUAAUUUAAAUUUAACAGUUUCUUCAAGCUUGCAAUCAGAAUCAAAAGCCUUAGAUAAGAAAUUAACUGUUGUUAAAAAACAGUCUUAUGAAUCCAAUACAUCAAGUAUUCUCAAUAACAAGUCCUUUAAUGAAGUUCAAAUUGAUUUAGUAAAUGAUAAAAUAACUGAUCCUAAACAUUCAUUUGAAGAUCGUGAUAGUGAAAUAGAGUGUACAAGGGAAUUAAGAAAUCAUAGUGUAUUAAAAAUCAUUAAGAUAAAUAAUCAAUCAAAUAAUUCAACCAAAAAUCAAAAAAUACUUAGUGACAAAUCUCAUGAAAAAAAAAAUGAAAGCUUGAUGUAUUUCAAUGAUGAUGAAAACUGUUCUACAAAUAAAAUUGGAGAUAAUACUAAUAUUAGUUAUUCUCAAAAUACAAAUUUGAAAAUAUUUCCAAAAAAAGAAGUUAAUAAGUUGGAACAAAUAUACCAAUUUAUUCAAACAACUGAAGAAAACGACUUUGAUGAUGUGAUGUAUUCAAACUUAAUUGAUUCUAAAAAAUGUGAUUUUGAUUUAUAUGAUAAAAUCUGUGAAGAAACAAAAUUAAACAUAAAUAAUAUGGAUACUAUUCAUGGUUCUGUUGAAUUAGAAAAUAAAGAAAUUCUUGAAAUGUCAGUUUUGUCAUCUGAUAAACUUAAUAAUAAAGAAAUAACUUGUUCAAAACAAUCAUCUUCAUUUACUAUACCAUGUGUUAAUAAUGAAAAAGAUGAUUCUCAUAUUGAAGAUAAUAUAAAAAAUAAAGGAACAAAAAGAAUUUUGAUGACAUCUAACUCGUCUAGUGAUUCAGAUUCAUCAUUCAAAAAAAAUAAAAAACGUAAAAUCAAAAAUCGUAUGAUAAAAAAAAGCAUAUUUGAUUUAUCUACUAGCAAUAGCAGCAGCAGUUCUGAUGAAAGUUCAUCUUCUCUAACAGUUAAAAAUCAUAGAGAAAUUAGACAACUAUCUAAUGAUAAUAGUUUUGAUGAAGAUUCUGACAAUAGUAAAUCAUCUCAUGAUCAUAAUAUAUUGAUGAAAGGACGAAAAAAUAUUAGAAAAUUAAUAAUACAAAAUGAACUUAGUGAAUCCACCCAAAAUGCCAUGAAAGAAGAAGAAUUGCGGAAGAACCGCAUUCAAAAACGUCAAAAACUAUAUAAUGAAAUUUGUGACAUAACAACACCUUUGGAAACAGAAAUCUGUACAAAAUUAGUGCUAAAUUUUGAUGAUAACACAAAUGAGGAACUUAUUGCAGUUCAUCCAGAUCUUGUUAAGUUUCUCAAACCACAUCAGAUGAAAGGAAUAAAAUUUCUGUGGAAUUCUGUAUUUGAAUCAUUAUCAAGAAUUAAAGAACAUAAAGGAAAUGGCUCAAUUUUAGCUCAUUGUAUGGGUCUAGGUAAAACACUACAAAUUAUAUCUUUGAUUCAUACAUUAUUUAGGUACUCAGAAACUGGCAUUAAAACUGUAUUAAUUAUCACUCCCAAUGCAACAAUUGAAAAUUGGUGUAAAGAAUUUCAUAAAUGGUUACAUGGUAUUGAUGAAAAAAAAAACUUUUUUGUUCUAAACUUAGCUGAAUCUAAAACAUAUGAAAGCCGAAAAAAUAUUAUAGAUGAGUGGCGUAGAGAACAUGGUGUAUUAAUUACAAGCUAUGAGUUGUAUAGAUCAGUUGUUAAUUACAAGUAUAUUGAUAAGUUUCCUUCAAUCUUAGAAGGACUAGUUGAUCCCGGACCAGAUUUGGUCAUAUGUGAUGAAGGACAUGUUAUAAAAAAUCAUAUCACAACAGUAUCAAAAGCAGUUAAUCGUAUUAAAACACUUAGAAGAAUUGUGUUAACUGGAACACCAUUACAGAAUAAUUUAAAAGAGUAUUAUUGUAUGGUUGAUUUUAUUCGACCAAAUUUAUUAGGAUCAUUAAAAGAUUUUACUAACCGUUUUAUAAAUCCUAUUACUAAUGGACAAUACUCUGAUUCAACUCCACUAGAUGUAGAAUUGAUGAAAGGAAGAUCACAUGUGUUGCAUAAAAUGCUUGAAGGAUUUGUACAGAGAUUUGAUUAUAAUGUUCUUACACCUUUUUUACCUCCAAAACAUGAAUAUGUAAUUUAUUUGAAACUAGCUGAUAAACAAAUAGAAUUAUAUCAAAAAUAUUUAGAUUCUUACAGACAGCCAGAAUUAUUUACUAAUUACAAUAUGCUUCAAAUAGUUUGGACCCAUCCUAAAUUAUUAGAGUUAUAUGCUGAACGAACUGAAUCAAAAAGAGAAAAACAAAGAUGUAAAGACAUUAAUUAUAUUGAAUCGUAUUCAAAUUCUACUGAAGAAGUUGAAAAUAGGCACAUACCAGUACCAAUCUCAGUUCUUGACUCAACAAUCACCAAAAAACCGAAUACAUAUCUUAAAUGGUGGAAACCAUAUGUAACAAAAACUGAUUUGGAAUCUGUGUACCCAUAUUCAAAAUUUAUAAUGAUGUUUUCAAUACUUCAAGAAUGUGAAAAAAUUGGUGAUAAAGUGUUAUUAUUCAGUCAGUCAUUAUUUACUCUUGAUCUCAUUCAAGGCUUUUUGGAAAAUGCUGAAGAUAAAACUUAUGAUAAAGGGGGUCCUUAUGGUAAAUCUUGGAAACACGGUACAGAUUUUUAUAGAAUUGAUGGUUCAGUAAAUAUAAAAGAGAGAGAAGAUUAUUGUGAACAAUUCAAUGAUAUUAAUAAUUCUAGGUUGCGUCUUUUAUUAUUGUCUACAAAAGCUUUUAAUUUAGGUAUUAAUCUAGUUGGUGCUAACAGAGUAAUUAUUUUUGAUGUAACAUGGAAUCCAUCUCUAAAUGUUCAAAGUAUAUUUCGUGUAUUUAGAUUUGGACAGACUAAACCAUGUUAUAUUUAUAGAUUCAUUUCUGAGGGAACCAUGGAGCAAAAAAUAUAUGAACGUCAAAUAUCAAAGUUAUCACUGGCUUUUCGUAUAAUUGAUGAACAUCAAAUUGAUCGUCAUUUUAAUGCUAAAUGUCAGGAAGAACUUUAUGAAUUUGAGCCAAAUACUACUAAAUCUAAAUCAAUAUUAAAUUUACCUAAGAAGGAUCGUUUGAUGGCUGAAUUGAUGUUGAGGCACGAAGACCUUGUAAUGAACAUACUAGAACAUGACUCAUUAUUACAAAAUAAUGAAGCAGAAGAAUUAGACGAAGAUGGUAGAAAUGCAGCAUGGGAAAAUUAUGAAAAAGAAAAUGAUUCAACUGAAGUUUCUAUUAAACAAUCGUUAUUACCCAUAUUUUGUGGAUCUGAAAGUGACUAGUAAAUAAAGUAUACAUUGUAGGUACUUUGUCACCUAUUACUAAAUAUGUAUAAUAAUAA